ACACCACCAUCUUCUGUUUACAUGGCUAAAAAUGUCAAAUGUUUUUAUACUACCUCCGCUUCGUCCUAAGUCCGGAUAUUGGCAGUAUUUCACUAUUUCCUGAAAUAAAAUGGCACAGAAAGGAGGGGAAGUGGUCUGUGUUACCGGCGGCAGCGGCGGCAUUGGCUCCUGGCUGGUCCGCCUCCUCCUCGACCGUGGCUACGUCGUCCAUGCCACCGUCAAAGAUCUCAAGGAUCAGAAGGAGACGAAGCAUUUAGAAGCAAUGGAAGGAGCCGAUUCGCGCCUCCAUCUCUUCCAAAUCGAUCUCCUAGACUUCAAUUCCAUCUCGGCCGCCGUUACCGGCGCUACCGGCGUUUUCCACCUCGCUUCCCCCUGCAUCGUUGAAGACGUCCACGAUCCCGAGAGGGAGUUGCUGGAUCCGGCGAUCAAAGGCACUAUCAACGUACUGACGGCUGCUAAGGAGCUCGGAGUCCGGCGAGUGGUGCUGACGUCAUCCAUUUCGGCCAUAAUUCCUAGCCCUAACUGGCCAGCUGAUGUUGUGAAGAAUGAGGAUUGCUGGACGGAUAUCGAAUACUGCAAACAGAAAGGGAGAUGGUAUCCACUUUCAAAAACACUUGCAGAAAAGGCUGCCUGGGAGUUCUCUAAGGAAAAGAAUUUGGACAUUGUUGUGGUGAAUCCUGGAACUGUGAUGGGUACUUAUAUAUCCCCAACCCUCAAUGCAAGCAUGAUAAUGCUUCUUCGUCUGCUUAAAGGCUGCACUGAGACAUAUGAAGAUUUCUUUAUGGGGUCUGUACAUUUUAAAGAUGUGGCCUUAGCACAUAUACUUGUCUAUGAAAACGCUUCAGCAAAAGGAAGGCACCUUUGUGUUGAAGCAAUAUCUCACUUUGGUGACUUUGCAGCUAAGGUUGCUGAACUUUACCCUGAAUACACCAUACCCAGGUUUCCCAAGGAUACUCAACCUGGCCUGCUGAGAGCUAAGGAUGGAGCAAAGAAGCUUAUGGAUUUGGGUUUGGAGUUCAUUCCCAUGGACCAAAUUAUUAGGGACUCUGUUGAUAGUUUGAAGAGCAAAGGGUAUCUAAGUUGAAAAAACUAGGUUCAAUAGACAAACCUUGUUGAAAGGAGGGUAAAAACUGUUUAUUAUUGACUCAAUGAACAUAAGUAAUUGUGAGUUUGUGACCUUUAAUCAUUAGAGCAAGGAGUAAUGCUGUGUACAUCUUAGAGUUGAGAUUAUUAUGGGUUUGUUGUUGUUGAGAAGCUAUGUUCUUGAAAACCUUUGGAUAUAGUCCCAAAUCCCAAUUCAUAGAUUAUUCAUCCUCAUUCAAUAUGGAAGCACCGACGUUGCAGUCCAGAUUCCGAUUCCCUCGAUUGUCCUCAACCCCACGUUUAUGGUAAACCAAAGAACGCCUUUGUUAGCUGCAUCUUCAUCUCCAUACUCCUUUCUCUCUUCUUUAUCUGUGUUUUCCUUCUUUCUCAUCACUCUCUGUAUGCGUGUCAUGGUAUAAAAAUGGUGUCUUUGGCUGCAGACUUUAAUGGAAAGAAUGGGUUGCUUUCAAAUGACACCAUUUUCGCCCAAAAAUUGUUUUUUGGAAGGAUCAAUAAAUUCGUCAAUUUCCCAGGAUUCAUUUCUCUUUUUUUUUUAAUUUCUCCAUAGAUUUAGAAAGUGAAUGUGUAUAUGCAUAUGCAUUUGGAGGGUAGAAUACUGUAUAAGAGAAUACUGAAUUGUAAGAAUGCUGAGAGAGAUGACAUUCUCGUAUAGACAGUCAUUGUCUAUGCGGCACUGGUGGUGUCACCCUUGGUGUCAUCUGCGGUGUGACUGUGACAUAACCCGCUUAUGGUUGAAUCCUAUCUAACUUGUUUGUGGAAGCAGUGAUACACACCCUCACCAAUGCAAGGUGGAUGUGCCCGAGAACUCGCCCGAAAGAUUUCACUCUCUAACUGUUAAAAAGGUUCUUAGAAGAUCUGUUGUGCAGUUCCUCGGACUGAACUCUAUUCUCUUUAAUGUGCGUACUGUCACAGCUGCAACAAUGCCGGAGACAAAAGAAUCCGAUGUUGUACGGUAAUGUCUAUUUGUUGCUCUUCCAAUAUGCUUUAAUUUUCCUUGCAUUAGCGCAAGUGCAUUGUUCUGUCUCAUUGAUUGUUGUUUGGAAUUGAAGUCUUUUUCCAGGAAUCUAGAGCUUGCUAGUGGAGUGAGGAUACAAGGUAAAGGAGUUGUUUAAAGUGGUAGAAUUGUAAUUUA